AUGAAUAUUUUAUCUUUGUCUAUCUUAGUGGUAUUUUUUAUUUUAUUAAUAUUUUCUAAGUCAUUGGAAUUAAAUGCCAAAACUUUAGUUGACCCAACGAAUUUUAAAAACGCUGAAGUACCAGUUAUUUUAAAUGAUAAAGAAGAUGAAAAUACAAUACAAAAAAGACAAGCAGGAGGUAGACGUCGAAGAAGACAAAGAAGACAAACAAACCGGCUUUUAACUGCUGUUGCUAACGUUAAUGCCCAACUUGUUCAGUUACAGCAGCAAUUGUUAUCUCUCCAAAGUCAAAUUUCGCAGUUGGCAACACCAGCACCAGCACCCGCUCCAGCACCAGCACCAUCACCAGGACAAAGACCAUCACCAGGACCAGGACCUUCAAGAGGACCAGGACCUUCACCAGGACCAUCACCAGGACUAUCACCAGGACCAGCACCAGUACCAGGACCAGGACCAGCACCUGGACCAGGAACAGUACCUUAA